AUGUCAAGCAUGCGCGGCAUUCCGCGUCGACAAGACAACUACAAGGCAAAGGGUGUCUUCAAGCAGGAUGAGCUCCGACGUAGGCGUGAAGAGGCUCAGGUCGAGAUCCGUCGUCAGAAGCGUGAAGAAUCCAUGGCAAAGCGAAGGAACCUAAACAUCGCCGACGAUGAGAGCGGCGCCGACUCGGACGACGAUGGCAUUGCCUCCGCUGCUGUCGAUGCUCAGCUUGCCGAUGAGCUCCCAAAAAUGAUCGAAGAUGCCAUGAGUGACAAUCUCGACCGCCAGCUCGACGCCACCACCAAGUUUCGAAAGCUUCUGUCCAAAGAAAAGAACCCUCCCAUCGAGCGCGUCAUUGCUGCCGGUGUCGUUCCUCGCUUUGUCGAGUUCCUCCGAAGCCCGCACAGCAUGAUCCAGUUCGAGGCUGCUUGGGCACUCACCAACAUCGCCUCCGGUACCUCUGAUCACACCCAGGUCGUUAUCAACGAGGGCGCUGUUCCCGUCUUUAUCGAGCUUCUCUCGUCGCCCGUCCUCGACGUUCGCGAACAGGCCGUCUGGGCUCUUGGUAACAUUGCCGGUGACAGCCCCAAGUGCCGUGACUACGUCCUCCAGGCAGGUGCCAUGCGUCCCUUGAUUGCUCUCCUCAGCGAGAACCACAAGCAGAGCAUGCUCCGCAACGCAACGUGGACGCUAAGCAACUUUUGCCGUGGCAAGAACCCUCAACCAGAAUGGUCCAUGGUCUCUCCCGCCCUCAGUGUGCUCACCAAGCUCGUAUACUCGAUGGACGACGAGGUGCUUAUCGACGCCUGCUGGGCCAUCUCGUAUCUCUCGGACGGCGCCAACGAAAAGAUUCAGGGCGUCAUCGAGUCCGGCGUCUGCCGCCGUCUCGUAGACCUACUCACCCACCCUUCCACUGCGGUCCAGACCCCUGCACUUCGCUCCGUCGGCAACAUUGUCACUGGCGACGACUACCAGACCCAGGUCGUCAUCUCGUCUGGCGCGCUGCCACCUUUGCUCUCGCUGCUCUCCUCGCCCAAGGAGGGCAUCCGCAAGGAAGCCUGCUGGACCAUCUCCAACAUCACCGCUGGUUCUUCUCAGCAGAUCCAGGCCGUGAUCGACGCAAACAUUAUCCCUCCUCUCAUCGACAUUCUGCAGCACGCCGACUUCAAGACCAAAAAGGAGGCCUGCUGGGCCAUCAGCAACGCUACCAGCGGCGGUCUCACCGAGCCUCAACAGAUCCGAUACCUCGUCUCGCAAGGCUGCAUCAAGCCGCUCUGCGACCUUCUCAGCAGCAUGGAUAACAAAAUCAUUCAGGUGGCGCUCGAUGGUCUCGAGAAUAUCCUCAAGGUGGGAGAGAUGGACCGCGACGCUGCUGGUGGCGACGCUCCCAACGCUUAUGCGCUUCAUAUCGAGGAGUGCGGAGGUAUGGUCUGUAUCCACAACCUCCAGCACCACGAGAACCUCGACAUCUACAAGAAGUGCUUCUACAUCAUGGACAAGUACUUCCCAGACGACGAGGCACAGGACACUGGUCUCGGCGCUCCUCAAGUCGACGAGACCGGUGCGUUUGCAUUCCAGUCCGACUUGAAUGCUCCACAGGGUGGAUUCAACUUUACGCCCGCUCAGAACGGCAUGCAGCAGUAA